GGGCUAAGCUAGAGCGCGCAGGCGCGAGCGGGCGGAGGGGCUGACUAGCGGGCGCUAGGCCGUGGGGCUGGCGGGAGCUUCUCUUCCGGGAGCAGCGGAGUCGCUGGAAGAAGCUGCGGUCCCCACUGAAGUUAGCGAACGUGGGAAGACAAAGUAAAACACUACAAGUGAAUUCAAGAAUUUUGUGAACUCCUUGGUUUCAUACUUUGGGCUAACAAUGUCAGCUGAAAUACCACUGAAUAUUAAUAUCAAGGAACCACGAUGGGAUCAAAGCACAUUUAUUGGAAGAGCCAGUCAUUUUUUUACUGUAACAGAUCCACGAAACAUUUUGUUAACUAAUGAACAACUAGAAAAUGCAAGACAAAUUGUUCAUGAUUACAGAAAAGGAAUUGUACCCCCUGGGCUCACAGAAAAUGAGUUAUGGAGAGCAAAGUAUGUCUAUGAUUCAGCUUUUCAUCCUGACACUGGUGAAAAGAUGAUUUUGAUAGGAAGAAUGUCAGCCCAGGUUCCUAUGAACAUGACAAUCACAGGCUGUAUGAUGACUUUUUAUAGAACUACUCCUGCGGUGCUUUUCUGGCAAUGGAUUAACCAGUCCUUCAAUGCUGUUGUGAAUUAUACAAACAGGAGUGGUGAUGCCCCUCUUACUGUUAGCCAAUUGGGGACAGCAUACGUAUCUGCCACCACAGGUGCUGUAGUAACUGCAUUGGGACUUAAUGCACUAACCAAGCAUGUCUCACCUCUUAUAGGGCGUUUGGUUCCUUUUGCUGCUGUAGCUGCUGCUAAUUGCAUUAAUAUUCCACUAAUGAGACAAAGGGAGCUCAAAGUUGGUAUUCCUGUUACAGAUGAAAAUGGAAACCGAUUAGGUGAAUCAGUCAGUGCUGCACAACAAGCUAUUGCACAAGUGGUUGUCUCAAGAAUUCUUAUGGCAGCACCUGGCAUGGCCAUCCCUCCAUUUAUAAUGAACACUUUGGAGAAGAAAGCAUUUUUAAAGAGGUUCCCCUGGAUGAGUGCCCCUAUUCAAGUUGGAUUAGUUGGCUUCUGUUUGGUGUUUGCUACACCUCUAUGCUGUGCAUUGUUUCCUCAGAAAAGUUCUAUGUCUGUUACACGCUUGGAGCCAGAAUUGAAAGCCAAGAUUCAAGAGACCAGGCCUGAAUUAGAAUGUGUGUACUUUAACAAGGGAUUAUAAAUUGGGAGAAGACUUGAACACCUUAAGGAUAAUCAUGCAAACCCAAACACAUUAUACCAGUGUCAGUCAAGAGAACUCUUUGACCUGUGUUCUUAGCACUAGUUAAUUAUUCCAUUGUAUCCAAAUUUACCUUACUGACUAAAUCUGUUACUUAAAAUUAUACCCUAAUUCAAAGGAUCUUGUUAUCCUUGUGAGAAAACCCAUCCUGUCGCUUUCAUGGUUGCCGUUUUGGAAGAAACUUUUAACAGCCCACAACCAGCACAAGACUUGGCGUGUAGUAGGCACUUAAGAAAUAUUUGUUGAUCAAUUGAUUCAAAAAUGUUUACAUUAGAUAUCAAGCAAUGAAAGGUGAUUUAAAAAAUAGAUCCAGCUUGCAUCCCCCUCUAUGGUCAGGAGGACCUCCACACACAGAAGGGAUUCAGAGAAGGCCAAAGAUUAAGACCCUACAAUGCUGAAAUCAUCACUCUUGACAUUCAGCUUGCCACCGCCUCAGUUACAUGUAGUACAGACCCAGAUUUCUACUUUUUUUUUCUUUCAGCUAAAAUCAAAAGAUACUUUGCAGGCCUUUUUAUUUAAUGAAAUAAAGGCUAAACUUGUAAGCUUUCUCCUCUUGGUAAUUUUUUUUCAUUUGACAGUCAUGGAUAAUGAAUUUCUUUUGGUAUAUCCCUUUGUUCUUAAAUUCCUAAGGAGUCACAUCCACCUUCCUUUGGAAUAGUUGAUAUUAUUUGGAAUUACAUUACAUUAUUACUAAUUACUUAAAUGACAUUAUUUUAAAUCACUUAAAGCUAUCAAACUAUUACAGUUUAUCAGUUCUAUAUUUUAAAAGUGUAUUAAAAACAAUGAUAUUUAAUCAAGAUUGUCUGAUUUUCUAAAAUUAGUAUUUCAGCAAGCAUUUGCUUAUGUGUCCAGUUCCUUGUGUUGCCUUCUAUUUCAAGCUCUUCUCGACUUUGAGAAAGACCAAGAAACAGUGUAUUUAUUAGUUAGUGACCUUACAAACUGUACUUGAAUAUUCUCUAUUACAUUCCAUCUUCUGUUUGAAUAUAGUCAGUAUGCAUAUCACUCUGUUUAUAUCAUCUGUAACAACUGGCUGUGAUUAAUAUAUUUGGUAUAAGAUUAGACAUUAAACUUUGAGUUUGUGAGUGUUCAAAGUAACAUACAAGAUGGUUGAGUAUAUCACUGAAAGUAGAUUCUUGUUAUGCAGAGACUAAAGAUAGCUAAUGUUUAGACAAUUAUAAAAAGUAGGAUAGUGAGAUAUUUUUACCUUGUGAUCAGAGUAAAUUUUCUCACAAAUGAGAUUUUUUUUUACUUGUUUCUGUUUUUCAUCUGAAAGGAUUAACAGAUCUGAAGCUUUAGUCUCUUUGAAUGAUCCUUACCUAUAUCUCUUCCAUCAUUCUUUCACCUUACAUUUUUGUCUUAAAACUGUCUACAUGGAGAAAAAUGGCUUCCCCAGUGCAUUCUGACAUUGGAUAUAUUUUAUUGCAAUAAAUAUGUCUAAAAAACCUUGACAUUCCCUACAGACCUUUGUAGUUUGCUUCGUGGCUCUUUAAUUAGUUACACACAUAAGCUCAAAUAAAGAUGCAAAGAAAUCCCAUUUUAACAUAUUCAUGAUGAUAUACUUCUACUUAAAUGAACUCAUUUUUAUAUAUUACAUUUGCCUCAGCUGACCUUGAAAGCCUCCCUGGCAAUAAAUUUGCAACAUCAUUUCAGCAAUCUAACAGAUAUUAAGUGUAUGUCUUUCACUAGUAAGAGACAUACAUUCAUUUGAAGACUGAUAAAUUAUACACACCAAGAAAAUGUGACCAAAGCACAGACAUCAAGAUGACAAAUAUCAUGGAAAUACCUAUUUUUAAGUUUAUUGAAGCUUCAGACUAUUAAUGCUUUUCUACAGAUCAUUUAUCUGUACAGUUUCAUGGUAUUAAUAAGAAGAACAAAUGAGCAAAGCUCAGGCAGUUUAUGCUGGUCUUAUAGAAAAAAAUGUUUUUUUUUUAAAUAAAGUGCAAUAAGAUCCUAAAGCUGGUAAAGAUGAAUGGCUAUUAAUAUUUCUAUUAAUGCUCUUUAAGAGGAAUAUAAUUUUAAGCAAUGGCAGUGACUGAUAUUAUUAAUUUCAGUAUUAGCACAAUGUCUUGCCAGUGUUGGUGGAGUCAAUGUACUAUUUAAAUUCAACUGGAUAAAAUAUUAAAUAAACUCAGAUUGAAAUGAAA